AGCGGAGUCUGGUCUUGUCGGAUUGCCCAUGCACUUGUUGCAGAAACAGCCAAGGCCCUGGCUCUGGCGGAUGCUGAAGGAGGAAGACAUGGAAGCAGGACAACCCUGAACGAUUAAGCUUCUUAAUCCUGAAACAGAACCAGGCCUCCUCUUCCCACCUGCCCAGCAGCAUGAGAGCAGCAUGACUGCCCGGCCGCAGGAGAAGCCCCCAGAGCCAGGCCCCCAACUCAACCAUCAGCUGCAGAGGUCAAGGUGUGCACGACAUCUCUGCCCCACGGUGGUGUUCGGUCCGUACCUCAGCCCCCGUGACGAUGUCAAGCCCCCCUCCCUGCACAUGAGUGGUACAGGCCCACAGGAACAUCUGGCUGCAGCCACUUUCACAGACAUGUCAGCCGUGGAAUAGUGUGGACACCUUCUCUCAGCUUCUCAGGGUUUCAGUCCUUUUGGGUUUUGUUUCAUUGACCUUUUUUUAUGGUUUUGUGGCUGGACGUUCCCAGCCAAGGCAGGCGCCAUGGGGGAUCAGCAACUCUACAAGACCAAUCACGUGGCCCACGGUGGUGAGAACCUUUUCUACCAACAGCCACCGCUUGGCAUCCAUGGUGGGCUGAACCACAACUAUGGGAAUACAGUCACAGGGGCUGGAUUGGAGGGCCCCCAGGCGUCGCCUCUCUCCCCCCACUUCCCUCAAGAUACUCGGGAUGGUCUAGGCUUGCCUGUUGGUUCCAAAAACCUGGGCCAAGUGGAUACCUCGAGGCAGGGAGGGUGGGGAGGUCACACUGGGCCUGGCAACCACGUCCAGCUACGCAGCAACCUGACCAACUCAAACGUGAUGUGGGGGACCCCGGCCCAGCCUGAGUCCGCCGAUGGCUACCAGUAUACCUACUCCCAGGCCAGCGAGAUCCGCACCCAGAAACUCACCAGCGGUGUCCUGCAUAAGCUAGACUCCUUCACCCAGGUGUUCGCCAACCAAAACCUGCGAAUUCAGGUCAACAAUAUGGCCCAGGUGCUGCACACGCAGUCGGCAGUGAUGGACGGGGCCCCUGACAGUGCCCUCCGCCAGUUGUUGUCCCAGAAGCCCAUGGAGUCCCCAGCGCCGGCUCUUCCUGCUCGCUACCAGCAGGUGCCCCAGCAGGCUCACCCUGCUUUCCCUGGCAGCCUGUCCAAACCAGCCCUGCAGGUGGGGCCGCACGCUGGCCAGGGGCACCUGUACUAUGAGUACCAGCAGCCGCUGGCCCAGAUGCCGGUGCAGGGAGGACAGCCGCUGCAGGCCCCCCCGAUGCUGUCCCAGCACAUGCAGCAGAUGCAGCAGCAGCAGUAUUACCCGCCGCAGCCGCAGCAGGCAGGGCAGCAGCCUCUAUCCCUGCAGGAAAUGCAGCAGCAGCAGCAGCAGCAGAGCCGCCCGCAGCAGCCGCAGCAGCCACAGCAACAGCAGCAACAGCAGCUGCAGCUGCAGCAGCGGCAGGGUCCGAUGCAGAUACCUCAGUAUUACCAGCCCCAGCCCGUGAUGCAGCACUUGCAAGAACAGCCGCAGCAACAGCCGCCGCAGAUGCACCUGCAGCCCCCCUCUUACCACAGGGACGCCCACCAGUACGGCCCGGAGCAGGCGCACGCCGUCCAGCUGAUCCAGCUGGGCUCCGUGCCCCAGUACUACUACCAGGAGCCCCAGCAGCCCUACGGCCACCACGUCUGCCAGCAGAGCCACCUGCCCCAGCACCAGCAGCGCGAGGACGGUCAGCCCAAGACGUACCCGAGCGACAGGCAGGCCCAGGCCGUGCUGAGCUCCCACGGCGACCUGGGGCCUCCCGACGCAGGAAUGGGAGACCCGGCAAGCUCGGACCUGAACCGGCUCGGCGGGGCCCUCCCCCACCGGCCGCUGCUAUCCCCCGGCGGGAUCCACCUCAACAACAUGGGGCCUCAGCACCAGCAGCUCUCUCCCAGUGCCCUGUGGCCCCAGAUGCACCUACCUGAUGGCAGAGCCCAGCCAGGGUCCCCGGAGUCAAGUGGCCAACCAAAAGGAGUGUUUGGGGAGCAGUUUGAUGCCAAGAACAAAUUGACAUGCUCCAUCUGCCUGAAGGAAUUCAAGAGCCUACCUGCCCUGAACGGCCACAUGCGGUCCCAUGGGGGAAUGAGAGCCUCCCCCAGCCUCAAACAGGAGGAAGGAGAGAAGGCCCUGCCGCCUCAGCCUCAGCCCCAGCCGCCACUGCCACCUCCGCCUCCGCCGCCACCGCAGCUCCCUCCCGAGGCAGAAAGCCUCACGCCUAUGGUCAUGCCCGUGUCUGUCCCUGUCAAGCUUCUCCCACCCAAGCCAGGCUCUCAGGGCUUCGCCAACAGCAUCGUUGCCGCCCCCUCCACCAGAGACAAGCCAGCCAGCUCGAUGUCGGACGACGAGAUGCCCGUGCUCGAACUCCCCAAGAAGCAUCAGCCGGCCGUGGCCAAAGCCGAGGAGGCCCUCAAGAGCUUGCCGGACAAGAAAAAGUUCCGGCACCGGCCGGAGCCGCUCUUCAUCCCGCCACCGCCCUCCUACACCGCCAACUCCGCCGCCGCCUCCUCGUACUCGGGCGCCACCCUGUACCAGAGCCAGCUGCGCUCCCCCCGCGUCCUCGGGGACCACCUGCUGCUGGACCCCGCCCACGAGCUGCCCCCCUACACGCCCCCGCCCAUGCUGAGCCCGGUGCGCCAGGGCUCGGGGCUCUUCAGCAACGUCCUCAUCGCGGGCCACGGCCCCGGCGCGCACCCACAGCUGCCCCUCACGCCUCUGACGCCCACGCCGCGGGUGCUGCUGUGUCGCUCCAACAGCAUUGAUGGCAGCAACGUGACAGUCACCCCAGGGCCUGGAGAGCAGACCAUUGAUGUUGAACCACGCAUCAACAUUGGCUUGAGGUUCCAAGCAGAGAUCCCAGAACUUCAGGAUGUCUCUGCCUUGGCUCAGGACACACACAAGGCCACACUAGUAUGGAAGCCCUGGCCAGAGCUGGAAAACCAUGACCUCCAGCAAAGAGUGGAGAAUCUCCUGAAUUUGUGCUGUUCAAGUGCGUUGCCUGGUGGAGGGACCAAUUCUGAAUUUGCUUUGCACUCUCUUUUCGAGGCCAAAGGUGAUGUGAUGGUUGCUCUGGAAAUGCUGCUGCUGAGGAAGCCAGUCAGGUUAAAAUGUCAUCCGUUAGCAAAUUACCACUAUGCCGGUUCGGACAAGUGGACCUCCCUAGAAAGAAAACUGUUUAAUAAAGCACUAGCCACUUACAGCAAAGACUUUAUUUUUGUACAGAAGAUGGUGAAGUCUAAGACGGUGGCUCAGUGUGUGGAGUACUACUAUACCUGGAAAAAGAUCAUGCGCUUGGGACGGAAGCACCGGACACGCCUCGCAGAAAUUGAUGAUUCUGUGACGAGUGAAGAAGAAGAGGAGUUAGAGGAGGAGGAGGAGGACCCGGAAGAAGAUAGGAAAUCCACAAGAGAAGAGGAGAGUGAGGUGCCCAAGUCUCCCGAGCCACCGCCAGGCCCCGCACUGGCUCCCGCGGAGGGGCCACCCCUGCAGGCCCUCGGCCAGCCAUCCGGCUCCUUCAUCUGUGAGAUGCCCAACUGCGGGGCUGUGUUCAGCUCCCGACAGGCACUGAAUGGCCACGCCCGCAUCCACGGUGGCACCAACCAGGUGACCAAAGCCCGGGGGGCCAUCCCCUCUGGGAAGCAGAAGCCCGGCAGUGCCCAGAGCGGGUACUGCUCAGUGAAGAGCUCCCCCUCUCACAGCACCACCAGCGGCGAGACAGACCCCACCACCAUCUUCCCCUGCAAGGAAUGUGGCAAAGUCUUCUUCAAGAUCAAAAGCCGAAAUGCACACAUGAAAACACACAGGCAGCAGGAGGAACAGCAGAGGCAAAAGGCUCAGAAGGCAGCUUUUGCCGCCGAAAUGGCCGCCACCAUCGAGAGGACUACGGGGCCCGCAGGGGCACCGGGGCUGCUGCCCCUGGACCAGCUGAGUCUGAUCAAACCCAUCAAGGACGUGGACAUCCUCGAUGGCGACGUGGUCCAGCAGUUGGGAGGCGUCAUGGAAGAGGCCGAGGUGGUGGACACGGAUCUCCUCUUGGACGACCAAGAUUCGGUUUUACUUCAGGGUGAUGCCGAACUAUAAAGGCCCACUUGUCACGCAGAGACAGCCAACACCCACGGCCUCCGUCUUCGUUAAUCAGGAAACCUGGACUCCCUGCUCGUUUUGUAACCAUUUUAAACUACCUGUUUAAAGAAGUGGUCGUUUCAUUCAGGUUUAGGGAAAAAAAAUUUUUUUUUUCAGUUUCUUUUCCUUUUAUUUAAAAAAAAUCAAUGUUUCUGUGGGAGGUUGGAGGGAAUAAAUAAUUGGCACAACUCUAUUUAAGAGGUGUUUCAUCUGGGCUGCAUUCCCACGAACUCAUUCCUGGCAGGGAAUAAACCUGACCUUCAAUGUUCUUUUGCUUUCAGAUGUCAACCAUCCUUGCUGCCUUUGAUCCCAAAGCUUGCCGUGAGCGUGUGGAUGCGUGUGCGUGUGUGGAGCAGGCUCCCCUCUUCAUGUUGGGGCCUUGGGCCAUCCUUUCCCACUAGGAGUUAUUUUUGUUCUGUUCUGACCUCAUUCUGGAGUUUGCAGCAAACCCAGAGUCUCUAGCAGGAGAUUCUGUGCUAAGGGGUAACUUUACAGUGAGCAAAGCAAGCCCUCCUCUUACACGGCUUUCCCCUAGCACAUACACCAUUUGAAAAGUCGACCAAAUGUGAAAAUAAGUUUUCUCCCUGCCUCAGCUAGCCUCGUUGGCCUGUUUCCAGGAGUACUGUACAAUUUCAGGCUUUCACUCCAAGGCCAGGCUUUACUGAGGACCUGGUCCCUAGAGCGAGUACAUCAUCCUCUCCUGUGCUCCCCCCCCCUCACCGCCCCCCGGGAACUGGUUGGUUCCGAUUUGUGAAUUGGCAGAGCCGUGUCUCUGUUUGAGCUGUCUAGAGGAAAACAACCCCAACCAUGAAGUUGCCAGGGCUGUUUAGGGAAAGUGGUUGAGUGUCACAUGUUCUGGAACACUGAGAAGUGUUCUUUUGCCCAGAAACUAGACUGGAAGAGCCCAUUCUUUUUUGCAGCACUGUUUAAUGGUCCAUGGAGUUCUGGAAUUACUUUGUGUCCCUUGGAAGUACUGUGAAACCUCAUUCGCUGGGAUUCUGCUGUCAUUCACCUUUGCUGGACUGUUUCCUAACCAAUUUAACAGCAAAUACAAGUGAAAUAGCAUUAAAGGCCAACAAUAAUGGUUUCUGGUACCACUUUAGCCACCAAUAUUUGCAUUCAAACAAGGAAUGUAUUCGUUCAAGUCAUUUACCAAAGCAUUUCUAGAAUUCUCCAAGCUACAGAACUCUGCUUCCUCCUGUCUCCUUAGCAGGGUUGCUGUUUGUACUUGAAGGUAAUAAGCCUAUAAUCCUUCAAAAAUGGCAUUUAGCUCAGGCUUUUGAUCUGAGUCAGACUGCCCCCUCCCUGGGCAGGGCAAAUGAGCACGUGUCUUCAGACUGGGACGCAGCCCAGCAGAGAGGACUGCCCCCAGCGUCCUCCCCUGGAGCGUUAAUGCUGCCUGACUUCUGGAAGGAGGGCUUUCAGGCCUUGCCCCACCCCAGGGAGGCUGGCUCCCCGAGCUUGUGUAGGUGUGGCCUGUCCCAGAAGACUCCGCUGGCACAUUAGUUAAUUGCUUGACAUUAGAAGGUCAGCCAAACAUGAGGACAGGACCUGAGCAUCUUUUAAGUUUGACUCCAGCAGAAGCAUUUUAGCACACGCUCGCUUUCCCUCACGGCCCCGCCUAGGCAGUGUUCUCUGAAUCUCAGGAAAGCCACGGUCAGAAGAUAAAUGUAAAGGUUCUUUUCGUUUCCGUCUUUGCGUUUUCAGAAAAAAAGGCCUUAGGGGUUUCAUUCAUCCUUUCCUACAGGCAAAAAGAAAGGUUUUAUUUGCUGCCAUUCUAGACAGGUUAUUCUCCCUUCUAUUUCGAGUUAAAACUGCCCAAGCUGUGUGCAUCAACUUUGUGGCAGAAUUGUUCCAGAACCAUUCCGUAAGAUCAGCUGAUUGCGGCUGUCCCGGUGACUGCUUCCCUCGGCAUGUGCCGGCUUCUGAGAGUGAUUCUGGAAUGGUUCUGCUAUAGGGUCUAUGAAAGCUUAUCUAUCAAAGGAGCAAACACCCAGAAACAUGUUUAUAAAGCAAAUGUCCUUGUUGUGUUUGGAGACUUGCCCAGCCGUUCCAGUUUUAAACAUUAAAAAUAAACUGAGUUGCCAAGGCAAAAAAUGUAAUGCACAAUUUAAUUUUGAUUUUUCAUGCAGUAUAAUGUAAGCAUCUUUGACUUGAAAUAACCAAAGAACUCCUCCUUAAUGAGACAGUUCAAAUUCCUGAAGUAGUAUUUCUUGACAAUAUCAACUUAAAGAAUUGACUUCACGGUAAAAUAUUGCACUUAUUUUCCUUCUGAAAUGAUUCUGCCUGCAUGUAUGUGUUGUGUUUUUGCUUCCCUCGCCCUUCCCACCCCAAAGAACUUCUCUUCCUAAAGAUUAAUGUCUUCAACACCGUUACUGUUUACUAUCAGAUGGUUUUUCAUUAGUGAAUUUAGACCUCUUUGAGAAAGCUUGUAUAUAAAAAGUUAACAGAUAUAUUUUAUGGAAAAACCCAUCUUAUUUUCAAA